UUAUUCAAAAAAGCUUCAAAUAUUCGUGCUAGGGCUCCAUUUAAAAGUUUAUCAAAAAUAAACAAGUCUUUGUACAGCCAUUGCCCAUUGGGCUUCCUUGUUAUAUUUUAAAUAAAAGUUAAAAGAAAAAAAUACGGAUUCACUAAAACAAAAUUCGCCCACCGUGGGGCUCGAACCCACGACCACAAGGUUAAGAGCCUUGCGCUCUACCAACUGAGCUAGACGGGCCUUUUAAGCGUACAAUGAGACCUGCAAGAGACAUCCUUAAAAGCUCACAAUGGCUCCUCGAUCCAAAGCAAUGCAAUGUGAAUUCCAGGAACGCUAGCUUCUUUGAGUUCCGACGUAGCCUCCCUGACCGGCCAGUGACCACCGUACUAUGAGUGUCGACGCAGCGCCACUACUGUUGAUGACUUCCAGUUCCGGUUUACCAAUGGCGGCAAUGAGUCAAACCGCCGCCCAUCUCCACCCGCUCUGCUUGAAAACCGCACGGCGGCGGCUCAGUGCUGUUCCUUUGGUUCUCUCAAGGAAACCCGCAGAAGGACGACGAAGGAGCAGGCCCGCGGUAAGGGUAAAAUCAGCUGCUGCUUCGCUGGGACCUUCCGUGACGGAGAACCUGCCGCCGCAUGAUACUCCGGUGAGAAUAGUGGCUCUUGUCGGAGACGGCAGCGUCAACCCCCUCAACUCCGCUCCCUGGCAUGACGUCAUGCUCCACACCUUUAAAAUGGCAGGAAACACUCAAACGCAGAUCGAUGAUGCCAUCUACCCCAAAGGAAAAUGGAUCAAGGUGCUGGACAACAAUUUCCAGCUAGACCUUGCGGUGUUCAAAUGUCAGAACCCCAUAGUGCCAGCCAUCAUGAAAGGCUCAAAGAUUGAAAUGGGUUGAUGAGCAGUAUGAAAUGCACGUAUUUAGUGACAACUUUUAUCAGUCUAACUGUGAAACUACUGCCAAACGUGUUACAGAGGAAGUGCAUCGAUCAAAUGUUUUGAUAGUCAUUGCUGUUACCAGUAAAGAGUCAGUCAAAUGGAUUCAAGCGAAUUGCCAUUAUGUCCCAAAUAUCAUAUGUUUCGAGUCAUCUGUAGCAUUAACAAACAAACUGGGAGGGCUAGUAAUUGAAACUGAGACCAAUGAUAAUAAUAUAUUUACAAGAUUAGUACCAACUUCUCAAUGGAAGAAACUGCAUGAAUCAAGAGAAGUGGCCCAAAUUGUGUCUUUAGCCUGGGAGAGGCACAACUGUGAUGAUAUACGGUUUUGUUUGCUGGUUAUAAUCAAUGCUUAUAUAACUCCAGUUCCAACACUAAAGAACCUAAGAGCGAAAGGCUUUUCUACCUUUAAGUGUAUGCUGAAAAACUGUGGGGCACAGAUACUGAACUGCCUUUCUGAUCCUAUAUGUAGAAAAGCCCUUCGAUGUUUAAACCAGUGCAGCCCAGGCGACCAGGUAUGCAAUUACACAUGUAUAGCAUCCUACGAGAGUCCACUCCUGGAAGAGUUCUCUCUUUGUGUACUUCAGAAGAACAAUUGCUUAGGAUUCGACGUCAAAAUCCCAGAAAAACCUCACGUGACCCCGAUGUCAGGGUUUCAUGGGCAAAGAUUGUGUCACGAGACCGCGGAGGAUCUUCUCGUGGGUUGGUUGGGGAAACUAGAUUGGAGUUGGCGUGUUGUGGCCGGGCAAAACCGGGCCUAUGAUCAAUUCCCAUGCCAGUACCAGUUAUUCUAUAGAGGAGAAGGAAAGGGGACGUUCUGGUGUGAGGCAGUCUUUCAGGUGAGGACACUCGAUGGGUGCGCUACGUCGUGGAGAAGGCGAAAGUACAAAGUAAGGCGGGGGGAAGCCCCGGGGACGUUCCACUUCAGCGUCAUGGAUAAUGGAGUGGUUACAGAUGAGAUGUGGACGAUUGUGGAUGUUUGUGAGGAUCUGAGUUGGGGAUUGUUUCACUACCGCGGGGCUGCUCGAGUGGCAGGGCAGACAUACUCCGGGGCAGUACUGGUCAGCCCAGAUGGUGUGUAUCGUGAUGAGAAACAACACCGCCACAGAUUGAUAGCUGCAUUGGAUAGGUGUUGUAUCAAAGAGUGGGAGCUCUUCAUGGUCGAUAACAACUGUCAAUGUCAAGAUCCCCCUCUCUGUCUUCCUGAGGGGUGUAGUCUACAUUAUAAUGUUGAUGCAAUUCAUAUAGGGGAACAAUUUCCCCUUUAGUUGGUAUACAGAAAUCUAUAAAUCUUAGUGUCAACAACCUGAAAAGUGUCAUUACAUGUUCCAGUUAUUUAUUACUCCAAUGGGUAACAAUAAAAUGUUUUCUCAAUAAUAUUCUCGCCUAAACAUUU